AUGGAAGCGGAGCAUGUAGAGCUCAUGCAAAGGGGGGGCUCCCAAACUACCACCUCGACUACCACUACGCCCUCGCGAUCACCGACAGCAUGUUCGCACAACGAGACGGGGGACCACCUCAACGGCACGACCACGGACGAAGAGAACUGUGGCCUUGCAUCUGCAAGCUCCUCGGGUCCAGUGGACGCGCAGGCACGCCUGGCAGCACAAGGGGGGGCGAUCCAAGCUGCCCUGGCUCAGCUGCAGAUGAUACACGAGAUCGCAGAUGGCCUGGACAAUCGCGCCGGGGAGCUCAUCUCCAACAUUUGUGCCAUAGCCCUCAGGAUGCUCACGCAAGCUGACAGUUUCCCCCACUCACGACCGGGGGGGAUCCAAGCAGCUUUCGCAGGCCCCUCAGGACUCAGCGAAGCAUAUCGCUUCGUAGCCUCAAUGCGUGUGAGAAGGGGGGAAGGCUUCACGCCAGAAGAGUACGCCACCGACCUCAGCCAGCUGCGCGCCAUGGUGGAGACAGGGCUGGCCGAACUUAAAGAUCCCAUGCCGGGGGAUGUCAGCGAACACAACCUGAAAAAAGCAACCCAGAAGCUCACGGCCGCAUACCACCAGAUCGACAAGAUCAUCCUGGCAACGCUGGGGGGAGACCGCGGCUGGAACACCUUAGCGUGGUGGAAUGACCUGCAUGACCUCCUGGCGCCGGGGGGAGCCACCGGAGAAUGGGAAGCUCGCUCCUCACAAAGAUCGUCGGCAACCACGAGGCUACUACAGGCCGCGGGGAGAAGGAGGAACAUGGUUCCUUUCAUGAAUGACCAUCUGAUGAUGCCUAUAGUCGAAAUGCUCCAGGCGCUCGAGGCAUGGCAACAGGCGCUGUUCGGAGGGGCGCAUGCCGUGCAUGAGCACACACAAGCCGGAGAAGUGAGCGACGAGGGGGAGACGGCGGCCAACCACGAGCAGCCCGUGAAUCCCGACGGGAACCGGGAGGAGCUUCGCGACGACACCGAGAAGGCAACGACCGAGCUCGAGCCUGCAGAGCCGCGUUCGGAGGACGGAGCCUUGUCGGCUGAGCAAAUGGCCCAGCUCAUGACGGCAAGCCUGCAGCAAGCCGUCAACGAGGUGGGGAACAUGGCCACCAUACCGACCCAAAGUGACAGCGAAGCCGCGACCAUGCCAUGGAGACCGCCGCCAGAAGGGGGACGAGCUCAACUGAGUGCCGAAAGAGCUCUCGUUCCCCACGUCAAGAUGACGACGACGGGGGAAGCCACAGAAGGAGACGGCUUCAGGCUGCUGUUUAUGGGAAGCAUGGGCCUUAUUGACACCAACCGCGGGAUGCACAUAGCUAGCGAGUAUGAAGCACAGGGUUAG